CCGAUGGGUCGGUAAAAACAGCAAGGGAAGUUCCAGCCCAUGUUUGGAAAUGUUUACUCUGUGGCGCUGUCUGUCAAGCUGAAACCUCUACGUUGUGCUCUUGGGACUAGCUAGUGCACCGUUAGGUGUCCAUUGGAAUUUAAUCUCGAGGGAGAUCAUUAUACUAACUAUGGCACAAGCGAAAAUCCACCAGGCUAAAAUGAUUGAAGCCGCUAAUGGCAAAUUCAGCAGAUCAAUGUCUAUGGCAGAUCGCUCCGGACGACUUCUUGAAAGUUUGGACCAGCUGGAAAUAAGGGUGGAGACUUUACGCGAGGCCGCGACUUCAAUGGAACAGGAGAGAGAGUGCUUACUUGAUAUGAUCCAGUCCAUAAAGAAUAGUGAAGAAAUGCGCAGUAUUUGUGACGGAGAGAGAGAGGAACUAUCUUUAACUGCUAACCGUCUUCUGGGUAGGACGCUGACAGUUGAAAUAUCAGUGGAAAUCAUUAGAAACUCCACACAGGAGGAUGCGCUACGCAAGGCUACCUCUUUGAUUGAUGAGCUUGCUGCAAAGUUGCUUGACGACAUGGAUGGGGCCAGAAAGGGCCUGAUGGCACUGCACGCUGCCUGUGUGACCGAGGCACCACCGGUUCCUAUCGAUACAAAAUUCCAGACGAUCGUCAUCACCUGCGCCCUGGAAGAUCAGAAAAAAAUCAAGAGGAGGCUGGAAACUCUGAUAAGGAACGUGGAUAAUGCUGAGAAGAAUAUCAAGAUAAUGGAUCAUCAGAAAGUGGAUGACUUAAACAGUGCCAAUGGCAAAUGAAGUUACUCAUACUGAUUCAACCCCCCUAAUAGCCCUAAUUAAUAGACAGUCAUAAUACAUUGGGAAACCAAACUCCUCAUUACCAUGCUAUUAUUUCCCAUAAUUAGUGAAAGAUAGCAUCCUUCCUGUCAUGGCAUAAGGCGUCCAUACUAAAGUACAGGUCUACCUAGACUGGAUAAAUGACAGGUCUACCUAGACUGGAUAAAUGACAGGUCUACCUACACUGGAUAAAUAUAGUUUGUUCUAUAUAACUUGAACCUUUAAAGUGCUUUGCCUUGAACAUUUGAAAAGUCCUUAUGACUACCACUGUAUUCUACUACCACUAAUGUCACAUUCAAACCCUGUCACCAUAAAUAUUGCAUAUAAAAACGUUUUACACAUCUUAACAUUA